AUGAAUAUUGGUAACAAAGUAUACCUAAAAGACAUUGAAAGCUUGGCUGAUGAUUCACAUCUCAAACUACGGGUUUUAAAGAUAUGGAAUUUUAUAAGGAAUAAUAUCGUUUUAUCCAUUGAAAUGAUCGUCAUGGACGAAGAGGAAACAAAAUACCAGUCUCGUGUAUUUAACCAAAAAUUUUCCAGAUUUGGUCAUCUGUUAAAGGAAGAUCAAAGUUACAUCAUUUUAAAACCCAGUAUGGCUGCUGUGAAGAAUGGGUUCAGUGUUACCGGUCAAAGACAAACCAUUACUUUCGAUUGGAGAACUAUUAUAAAAAGAUGUGACGAUUUUUCAGGAAUAGGUCAGGCAAAAAGUCAUUAUGAUGUAACAAAAAUGUUCAUUAAUUCUGAAAUAGAUGAGAUUAAUGACUUCAAAAAAGAAUUGAAAGUUAAUGUUAAUGGAGGUACGCCGGAAAAAAGCAUAACUACGCUGCCAAGUUACGCUUCUUCAUACAUAGAUGAUUUUAAAGGGGAUUUCCCUUUAAAAACCAUUUUGGAGAUCACAGAACCACUCAAACUAAUGAAAUUUGUAUUAGUUGGUAAGAUUGUCAAUAUAAGACAGAAUCUACAUUGGUGUUAUGAAGCAUGCUACAAAUGUGGGAAAAAGAUAAACAAAGUUCCCAAACCAAAUCUGUCUUAUACUACCCCCGACAAUAUCUCAGAAACUGUUGAAAUUCAGUGUUUAGAUCCAGUUUGCAAUGACGAGAAUUUUCAUGUUGUUUUAAAGUAUAUAAUUCCAAUCAACGUGCAAGAUCAUACCGGCACUAUUGGAUUUACUCUUUUUGAUAGGGAGGCAAAAAGAUUGUUGAAAAUAAGUGCAUCUCAGUUGAAAAAAUUACAUGAAGAGGCUGGAGACAGUAUGCAACUUUUUCCAAACCAGAUGAACGUAUUGAAAAACCGCAAAUUUGCGUUUCUUGUAGAAAUUACAUCCUACAACGUCAGCAACUAUAAUAAUAUCUACAGCGUUGUCAAACUUACAGAGGAUGUGGAUAUUGUUUCCAAUUUGGAAAGUAAAUUAGAAAUUUUGACUACUCAAUCAGUGUCCUUAAAUGAAGUACCCCUCGAAUCAGAUGAUGUUGUUGAGAAUGUUCAAAAGGAUGUCAUAUCACAGACAGAUGAGAGUUUUACUCCAUCAACAGUUGAUAAAUCAUCUACAACCAGUCCGCUGAAAAUAUCAACUGAUUUGAAGCGCAACCUCCAUGACAUUUAUGACGUUGAUUGUGGAGGUGAUAUGAGUUCCACAAAAACUAAAAGAAAUUCAAUUGGAGAGGGAAAUACACUUUUAGUUCCUAAAUUGGAAAAGUGA